CCCCCAAACCCAUGAUUAAAAUGAGCAUGGCCUGUGCAUGGCCUGAGGCAGAAACGCACGUAGCGUCUGACACGGCCUCCUCUUCUUCAUCCCCCUCAGUGGUUCUGAUCGGCGAAUCUGGAGUGGGGAAAACCAACCUGCUCUCGCGCUUCACCCGCAACGAGUUCAACCACGACAGCCGCACCACGAUUGGGGUGGAAUUCUCCACGCGCACCAUCCUGGUGGGAGACGCCCUGGUGAAAGCCCAGAUCUGGGACACGGCCGGGCUGGAGCGCUACCGGGCCAUCACAUCGGCAUACUAUCGUGGGGCGGUGGGAGCCCUCUUGGUGUUCGACAUCACCAAGCAUCAGACGUACGAUGUGGUGGAGCGCUGGCUGAAGGAGCUGUACGACCACGCAGAGGCCACCAUCGUGGUGAUGCUGGUGGGCAACAAGACAGACCUGGCCCAGGCCCGAGAGGUGCCCACGGAAGAGGCCAAGAUGUACGCAGAAAACAAUGGGCUGCUCUUUGUGGAGACCUCUGCCUUGGACUCCACCAAUGUGGAGCUGGCAUUCGAAACCAUUUUGAGAGGUAGGUGGGGGGUGACCUGAGGCAGGGCUGCCUUG